AUGGAUACCAUCAUAACAAUUGAGACCCCGAUCUCAGAGCCCCAGGCGGAUGAUGAUGGCAGUAGAUUUGAAUGUCCAAUUUGUCGUUGUGGUGUGACUGGGGCAGUAGUGACGCGUUGUGGCCACAUGUUCUGCUCGGAUUGUAUGGAGAAAUGGCUGAAGGUGGCGGCGGAGAAUCCACGUUGUCCGGGUUGCAAUAAGAGCAUCAUGGCAGAGGAGAGACCCCCACAAUUCCCGGAUCCCUUGAUUGUAUUCGAUUAUGUGCAUGUAUUGGUCUUGCAAUUGCAGUUCAUUCGCGGUGGGAACUUCGCUCUUAUCGAAUUCUAUAGAGCA